AUGGAUCGAGGCGCUACCUCCAGCCCGCAGCCGCCGGAGCUGCUCUGUUCCUUGCCCGAACCAGCAGGCGUCCUCGUCGCCCCUACUCCCUUCCCUUCCUCUUCUUCGCUGAAGCUCUCCCUGACCACCCCCUCGUCGUGUUUCUCUCACAGGGAACCAUGGAGCCGCCGCUUGGAGCUCCAUGACCGCACCUCCCUGCCGCGACGAGUCCCCGUCGUCCCGAGGCCACCUGUCGUUGUCCGGCUGGCAACAAGCAGCAGCUUGCUGGAGCGCGAGCCCUGCCGGCUGUGCCACCACCCUGCUUCGCUCGUCGCCGCCUUUGCAAGAUCCGGCCAGGCCCUGCGUUCCCGGCCUCCUCCCAGCCAAGUUCGCCGCAGCCGCUCCCCAAGCUCCUCCAGGCCGCCGCGCAAGUCCGGCCGCCUCCUCCUCUGCUUCUGCUUCGAGCAGGAGGUCGACACACCGCCGAGCCACGACCGCGCGUCGCCUGCGGGAGCUGUCCCAUCAAUCCUCCCCACCGCCGCCACUCCACCAAAUCCCCCUCGGGAUCUCCCCUGCCUGUUCGCCCCAACCCAGCGCCUCCACUCAUCAGCUCCCGCAGGUCCGGCGAGCCCUGCCGAGCUCCCCGCCGCCGGAUCGGGCCGCCUCCGCCCGGUUCCCCUCGCGCCGUCGCCCCGCGUGCCCUGCCCCGCCAAGCCGCGCCAUCCUCCUGCCGGCGCCCGCCUGGGAAGAACGCAGCGUCGCCCCGCUCGCCUUCGUCGUGUGCCUGCGCCCGAGCCUCCCGUCGAGCUCCACUGUCUCCGUGCCCGCAAGUCGCCGCCGUCCCGGCUGCCUCGUCAACCCCAUCGUUCAAAACGGGCACCACCAGGAGCUUCUUCCAGCCUCGCGCGCCCGAGCCCCGAGCUCCUCUGGUCGCGCACGAGCUCCGUGACCCCCAACGGCCACUUCGUCAGCCUCGUCGCCGCCGUUGACUCGCAGGCAGCACCUUGCCUCCUCCUCCCGUCCUCUUCUUCGGCCUCCUCUCUCUCUAAUCCCUCUCUCUCCCAGAUACUCCGUCGCCAUGGAUGCCCGCCGCUGCAUCGUCUCUGCAUCGAACGCCGCUCGACCCCGCGUUGGCCCGUCGACCGCGCCCUCGUCCCUGUAUCCGGCUCCUUCGUCCGCCCUCGCCGGAGAGCGCGCCAAGUCCUCCGCCGUCGCCAAGUUCUGCUGCCCCUGCUUCCAUCUCCGUCGCCGCCGGCUGCAUCGAGCAGCAACGAGCAGAGGAUGAGGUGCCGCUGCCCUGUGCCUCACGUUGACCGCGCCCUGCCUUCCCACGCCUGGGCAGCGCGCCUCCAGAUCAGGCCCAGGCCCAGCUCCAGCGCCAAGUUCCAGCGCUCCCUGCCCGGCCUCCUCCUCACCGACUGGGCUUAGCCCAUGCUUCGGUUUCGUUCCGGAGUUGUGAGGAUUCGUUCGACUCCGUCCGCUUGUCUUCUUCAUGGACUCGUUCUUCUUCCUAGCGGGAUUUCAG